AUGGCAGACAAUUCAAAAAACGUUUUAAGUUUGAAACAUCGCGAUAGUGAUGACAAGUUGACCGAUGAUGAAUGGGUGCCAUCGUUCGAUAGGAGAGUAGCCGAAAAUUGUAUUGCCAACCGAGCCAGCCAAGCGGUGCAGGAAAUUAUUAUUUUGAGCGACACAGUUUCAUCCGACAGAACCAUACGCCAGGAAAUAUCUUCGUUGCAAACAUCCAUCGUCGAGGGGCCUUUGGCAGCCUCUCCGCAGAAAAAGCGUGCUGGGAGCCCGAUUUUAGCGUCCAGCAGCACUUCGGUGGUACGCUCUAGCGACGAGGGACCUUCGGCAGCAUCUCCUCCGAAAAAGCGUGUUACGACUCCGAUCUUGGCAUCUAGCAGCACUUCGGUGGAGCGCUCCAUCGACGAGGGAACUUCACCACAAUUUCCAAAAAGUCGUGUUGAAAUCUUGGCCUCCAGCAGCACAUCGAUGGGACGCCCCGUCGACGAUGAGGGUCCAACCUUCCGCCCAACGAUCACAUCAACUCCAAGACAAAAUUGUAUUGAAAUCUUGGCCUCCAGCAGCACAUCGAUGGGACGCCCUGUCGACGAUGAGGGUCCAACCUUCCGCCCAACGAUCACAUCAACUCCAAGACGAAAUGACGGGCUGGAUGAUGUUGUUGAGUCGAUAAGGGCGAAAGCGGCCCUACAACACAUCCAGCUUGAAGAGUUCAAAAACAUCUGGUACGGCGAUUUUAAACAGUACGUGAGGCGAAAAGAAGCCGAGUUUAUUAAUGAGGUGAGAUUUAGAAGACAAACAACUAUCCAAAAUUUAGAGAAAAUUAACGAAUAUCGCAAAGUACUGGAUGAAAUCGCCGAGGAGUUGACGGUAGACAUUAACAAUAUGAAUGCCACCAUGGCAUAUAUGGAUGGUUUUGCGGAAGGGUUACCAGAGAAGAUGUUCAACUUACCGAAUGCUCCUCGACCCCGACCUCCCUCGGAUUGACUGAACGUGAUAGACUUUUUAAUGUUAGUGU